GUGCUGCGGCCGGGCCGGGUGAAUGGGAUUGAAGAAGAGUUCAGCUUCUCGGCUUGUUUUUGUGUCACAGUUUCUCUUCUCCUGCGCCUCUUCUGCUUCGUUCCUUUCUUCCCGUCCGCCCCCUGCUCCCCCCUGCAGGAGGAGCCCCCUGGGGAGAGGGGGAAGGAAAAGGACCUCCCAGAGGAGAGAGAGAAGAGGAGGAGGAGAAGGGAGCAACCUACCAUCUUCCACUCCCAGCUUAGAUUAAAGAAAGUGAGAGGAGGAGAGAGAGGAGCCCAGAAGAGGGGGACAGGGAGGCCCAGAGGAGCCGCAGCACCUUCCCCCUAUGAAGAAGAGCCCUCCCCCUCAGAGAGAGGUCCUGCCAGGGGGACCCCAGCCAGCCACCAGCAGCAGCACCACCAGCAGGAAUUUGUAUAGAUGUGUGCUUGAAGCAACAUCUCGACCCCAUUGAGGUCAUCUGGGAGAGUGAAAUUGUGAUAGCUUCUAAUGCUGUCUGGAUGACAGGGGGGGCUAGAGAGCUGAAGGGGAAAAUCUGUUUUCCAGAACUGCAAUAGUGUGGAGAAAAGGAACUUUCAUUUUCUGAAGCCAGAGACUGAACGCACUGUGGAAUUAGUAAAGAGACAGCUAGAAAGAGUGGAGAAGGUAGAGAAUGGAGUUGCAGACUCUACAGGAGGCUCUGAAAGUGGAAAUUCAGGUUCACCAGAAACUGGUUGCCCAAAUGAAGCAAGAUCCACAGAAUGCUGAUUUGAAGAAACAGCUUCAUGAACUCCAAGCCAAAAUCACAGCUUUGAGUGAGAAACAGAAGAGAGUGGUGGAACAGCUGCGGAAGAAUCUGAUAGUAAAGCAGGAACAGCCAGAUAAUAAAUUUCAAAUACAGCCAUUGGUACAGUCAGAAAACAAACUACAAAAUCCACAACAGCAACCACUACAACAAAUACAGCAGCACCACCAUCAGCAGCAGCAAUCUACUGCACCCUCUCCAAACCUGAUUGGAUCACAGAAAUCUGUAACUACAGCUUCUAUGAUCACCACUAAGACACUACCUCUCGUCUUGAAAGCAGCAACUGCAACCAUGCCUGCCUCUGUUGUGGGUCAAAGACCUACCAUUGCCAUGGUUACUGCAAUCAACAGUCAGAAAGCGGUCCUCAGCACCGAUGCACAGAAUACACCAGUCAACCUCCAGACGACAAAUAAGGUUACUGGUCCAGGAGCAGAGGCAGUCCAAAUAGUGGCAAAAAACACAGUUACUUUGCAGGUUCAGGCUACACCUCAGCCCAUCAAAGUGCCACAGUUCAUCCCUCCUCCCAGACUCACUCCUCGUCCAAAUUUUCUUCCACAGGUUCGACCCAAACCAGUUGCCCAGAAUAACAUUCCUAUUGCCCCAGCACCACCUCCGAUGCUUGCAGCUCCUCAGCUUAUUCAAAGGCCUGUGAUGCUGACAACAAAGUUCACACCCAGCUCUUUACCCACCUCACAGAACUCCAUACACCCAGUUCGUGUUGUUAAUGGGCAGACAGCAACCAUAGCCAAAACUUUCCCUAUGGCACAGCUCACCAGCAUUGUGAUAGCAGCCCCAGGUACCAGGCUCGCUGGACCUCAGACUCUACAGAUCAGCAAACCAAACCUUGAAAAACAGACUAUUAAACCCCAUGUGGAAGCAGAGGAGAAGCAAACAGAGAGUCGUACCGUUACUCCACCAGCUGCACCCAAGCCAAAACGAGAAGAAAAUCCACAGAAACUUGCCUUCAUGGUGUCUUUGGGACUGGUUACACAUGACCAUCUGGAAGAAAUCCAAAGUAAGAGACAAGAGAGGAAAAGAAGAACAACAGCAAAUCCAGUGUACAGUGGAGCCGUUUUUGAGCCUGAGCGUAAGAAGAGUGCAGUCACAUACCUGAACAGCACAAUGCAUCCUGGGACACGUAAAAGAGGUCGUCCACCUAAAUACAACACGGUGCUGGGGUUUGGGGCUCUGACCCCCACAUCCCCUCUAUCCAGUCAUCCUGACUCCCCUGAAAAUGAAAAGACAGAGACCACAUUUACUUUCCCUGCAUCUGUUCAGCCUGUGUCCCUGCCUAGCCCCAGCUCCACAGACGGCGAUAUCCAUGAGGAUUUUUGCAGUGUUUGCAGGAAAAGCGGGCAGUUGCUGAUGUGUGACACAUGUUCACGUGUGUAUCACCUGGACUGUCUGGACCCACCUCUGAAAACCAUUCCCAAGGGCAUGUGGAUCUGUCCCAAAUGUCAAGACCAGAUGCUGAAGAAGGAAGAAGCAAUCCCAUGGCCAGGGACUUUAGCAAUUGUUCAUUCAUAUAUUGCAUACAAAGCAGCAAAAGAAGAGGAGAAACAGAAGCUACUUAAAUGGAGUUCAGAUUUAAAACAAGAAAGAGAACAACUAGAGCAGAAGGUCAAACAGCUCAGCAAUUCCAUAACAAAAUGUAUGGAAAUGAAGAAUACCAUCCUGGCAAAACAGAAGGAGAUGCACAGCUCCUUGGAGAAGGUAAAACAGCUGGUCCGCCUCAUCCAAGGCAUUGACCUUUCAAAAUCCAUAAACUCUGAGGUCAAUUCAGUAGCCAUCUCCAAUGGCAUGGACUCAACUAACAAUGCUAAUGCUGCCGCCUCCACCCCAGCCCCAGCCCCAGCCCCUUCCCAGGGCUGCAUGGUGAACUGUAACAAAGGCGAUGAGACUAAAUAA